AUGAAAAUCCAAGGCGCAGUAGACCCGCGAGGGCGGCUUUCUCCUGAGGAUUGCCGCCUGAGCACGGGCAAGUUGGAGCACGAGUUGAGUCAGUCGCAUCCUUGUCUCUCUUUUGAGCAACGUGCACAUCUAAUAAGCCACUACGGAUUUAUCGCGAGAGAUGUCUUAGAUAUUGCAAGGAAUGAGGCCCUCAUGGAUCGUCUUGUGGAGGAGCUACCUUACUUGAAGGCCGAAGUUGUAUUUGCAUGCAGGUAUGAACAAGCACGAUCCGUAAGCGACAUCAUUGCCCGGCGUCUUCCAGUUUUAUUUCUUGACCAAAAGCUGGCUGUGCGAGUCAUCGACACCGUGAGCAAUCUGAUGGCAAAGGAGUUGGGAUGGAGCGCCUCAGUAGCAGCAAAAAAGAAAGAAGAAGCCCUUGCCUAUGCUGAGACCUUCACUGUCAGCCCUUGA